AUGAGGAAAUUUGAGUUGCAAAGGAUGAAAGAGUUUGAGACAGUCAAGGAUUACACAAACAAAUUGUUGGGUAUUGCUAACAAGAUAAGGUUGUUGGGUGGUGAUUUUGCUGAUUCCAAAAUAGUUGAAAAUUUUUUGGUAACGAUGUCGGAGAGGUAUGAAGCAUAUAUAGUCUCAUUGGAGAACACAAAGGAUCUAUCUAAGAUCACAUUGGCAGAAGUGGUACAUGCCUUGCAAGCCCACGAACAGCGAAGAAUGAUGAGAGAAGAUCGUGUGGUUGAAGGUGCACUUCAAGCCAAGCAUCAUGACUUUGGGAAUUGCAGAAAGAAAAUUUUCAAGAAGAACCAACUAGCAAGCAACGAAAAUGGUGCAAACAACCAAAACAAAGAGUGUUGGUUGAUUCAUAGCAGUUGUACAAAUCACAUGACAUAUGACAAGUCUACUUUCAAGGAUUUGAAGCCUAUUGAUGUCUUGAAGAUCAAGAUUGGGAACGGUGAUUAUAUUCAAGCAAAAGGAAAAGGAACUAUCAAGUUCAGGUGA